UUCCAGGCUGUCAUGCUUGUGUUUUUGUUAUUGUUGUAGGUUAGUGGAACAGCUGAGCACAAAAAGAAGAUUUUGUGUCUCCGUCUCCGUUUUCUUGUUUUCUUAUAUCGAUAGACUUGAACUGUCUUCACUGAAAAGCACGACGCAUUUGGACACGCCGAAAAGAUUAUAUAAAUAAGGUGCUGCACACCUAACCUUUACUUUCUUGCCAUGGAAAAGCCUUGGAGGGUGGAGUUCAGAAAUGUGGGCUCCAGCUACUUUCCUCAGAGCAGGGUUGAGUGCCACUACAGCAUGAGCUCACAGCACACAUGGGCCAGCAGUGAUUGGAUUGGACUGUUCAAGGUGGGAUGGUCUUCGGUUAGGGAGUACCACACCUUUGUCUGGGCUCUGGCUCCUACUGGUUACCAGGACGGCACUGAUGUCAACUGCUGUGUACACUUCCACGCUUCCUACCUCCCCAAGUCUGGGUCCCAGGAGUACCUGUUUGUGUACGUGGAUGGGAAGGGCGAGGUGUGCUCUCACAGCCCCACCUUCACCUUCUGUGCUCCCAAGCCCCUGGAGGACUUGGUGACCCUGGAAGAGGGGGCCCAAGGAGAGGAGGGGGGCACAGACAUGCUCAUGGUGGUGCCCAGGGCCGAGCUCCUGCAGAGUCGUCUGCAGGAGUGCUUGCGGGAGCGGGCCGAGCUGCUGCAUGCCCGCGAGGCCGCAGACAGGAUGAGGGAGAGGGAGAAGGAGAGGCACGAGAGGGCCAGGGAGGCCUGGGAGCGCGGGCGCCACGAGCUGGAGAGCAGCCUGGCCCAGCUGAACGAGGAGCUGAGAGAGAGCAGAGAGAAGAGGGAGGAGAUGGAGAGAAAGCAGGAGGAGGUGAAGGCUUCAGGGGAGAGCCUGGCGCAAGAAAAGAGUUCCUUACUGGCCAAGAAGGAAGCCAGCGAACAGCGAAUCAGAGAGCUGGAAGAUGACAUCAAGACCCUCACCCAGAGGGCUGUGGAGAGAGAGACUGAGCUGGAGAGGGUGAAGGAGAGAGCCAAGAAGGUGGCAGCACAGAGGAGGGAGGAGGAGAAAGAGAGAAAGAGUGUUCAGGCCAAGCUGGAGCAGACGGAAGGCGAGCUGCGGAGUCUGUCCGCUGAGUUCCAGGGUCUGAGGAGCUCCCUGGCCCAGAGGGACACGCAGGCCCUGCAGCUCCGAGACACCAUCACCACCCUCACCCACAAGCUCAACGCUGCCCACAGAAAGGAGGCGGAGAGCGGCGCGGCCCUGAUCGAGAUGCGGGGCCUGAGGGAGCGCCUGGGCGCCAGCGAGCGCUCCGCCGAGACCCUGAGGAGCGAGCUGAGCAGUACGGUGGCCCAGCGGGACCACGGGCAGGGCGAGCUGCACCAGGCCCGCCUGCAGGCCGCCCAGCUCGCCCUGCAGCUGGCCGACGCCAGCCUGGCGCUGAGGGAGGGCCGGGCCAACUGGGCUCAGGAGAGGCAGGGGAUGCAGAGAGGUGCCGAGAGCCAGUCUGCCCCUAAGCUCCGUGGAACAUUGAAGGACAGAGGCCGUCUGGAGAAGUUAAACGGAGAGAUGCAGCGCAUGGAGGAGAAGUUGCAGGAGGAGAGGAUGGAGAGAGAGAAGGUGGAGGUGGAGCUGGGAAGAGAGAAAGAUUGCAACAGGGUUCAGCUGAGCGAGACGCGCAGGGAGCUGCAGGAACUGAAGGCCAGCUUGAGGGUGGCCCAGAAGGAGAAGGAGCAGCUGCUCAUGGAGAAACAGGAGCUGAUGGAGUACAUGCGUCAGCUGGAACAGAGGAUGGAGGCCGUGGCCAACACCAAGUGGACCACUGCAGUGUUUGCUCCACCGAGUCGUCCAGACAGUCCGAUGUCCGACUCGGAGGACGAGAGCCCCGAGGCUCUCCGCCGGCCCCCCUCCUCCCCCUCUCCCGGAGCCCUGGCCCACUACAGCCUGUGUGACCAGUCCCAGCCUUCCUCCCUGCUGCUCCCCGCCACCCCCCCGCCCUCCCCCCGCGGCCCAUCCCGCGCCUCCGCUUCUGUGGUCAUCAGCCAGCCGGCGCCGCUCUCCUCGCCCCGGCAACCGCUGGCCGCCGACACGCUGACCCACAGCUCCGAGUCGGAAGAGGAGUCGGAUGCAGGCCAGUGUGGAGACCACAGCUCUGGAGAAGAGACUGCACUGUUGCUGCCGGACCUCACAGACACUAUCGUAAGUGACCUGGCCGACACCUCCCUGUGGUAGCUGCGUGGAUGGAGGAGCAACCCCGAGAUGUGGUCUCCAGGAGGAGGUAUUGAAGAUCCUGGGUGGAGCUCGUUUGGUAUCAGCUUCCACUCUGCAACAAGCACACAUACAGUACCACCCUGGGUUGAAUACAAAGAUCAAAUAUGCUAAAUUGUAUGCGAAACGAGCAGACCAUAGAAACAUCUGAGGUAAAUCUGAAGCAUUUGGAAGGCAGUGAACAAAGUAUUUGAACCCAGGCGUGUGAUCUGCUCAUCUGUACACUGACAAAUGAUGUUGAUAUGCAAUUUUCCUUAAUAUUUCCUAUACUAAGAUGUAUCACUGUUUUAGGUUGUUGAGUCAUCCCUUCUUAAUGCAGUUAUACAUAAUGCAGUGUUGGAAAUGACAUAACCCUUGUAAUAACAGGUCCCACCAGGCACCUCCUUCUUCACGGCCAGUGUCAGACAGUUAGAAAGCAUGAAACUCUUGUUGUUAUGGUAUGAGGGGAAUCUUUCAAAGUUCGAGCGCAAUAACAGCAUUUUUUCAGUUAACUCUGAAGGAUGUCUUGAGCUUUAUGACUAAUGUUACAUCACUUUUACAAGCGUUUUAAUCAGCCACCAGUACAUCCACUCUUAUUACCAUUGUUUGCAUCGAAGUGUGUCAGAUUAUGUGUGUUGCUUUAAACUUUUGAAUACCAUUUAGGAUACCUCUACCUACCGCUGACAUAUCUGACAAAAAAAUGUUUGUUUGAAGCAUCAUAAUGCGAGAUAUAUAUAUAUAUAUAUAUACGGUUUAUCAAGUCAUCAUGUAUAUUCAUUAUAUUCAUGCCUAAGAGUUUAUAAGCACUUUCUGUUGCUCAUUGUAAGGAAAUGUGGGAUGUAGAAGCAGAGAAGUUGUGCAUGGGGGGGGUGGAGGGGAUAUACUGGCUGUCUGGAGAUGAAUGGAUCCACAUGAAGGUUGCCUAUGAAGAUAUGACUCUUGGGAGUAACAGGAAUGAUACUAAAAUACUUUAAUAUUAUUUAAGUUCCCUCAGUACAACUUUUAGUUAUCAUUAUCAACUCAAUGCAGUUUCUCUAAUAGCUUUCAAAGUUAAUUCAAGAUUUGCAUUUAGACAUUUACAUUUAGUCAUUUCGCAGACGCUCUUAUCCAGAGCGACUUACAGUAAGUACAGGGACAUUUCCCCGAGGCAAGUAGGGUGAAGUGGACACAACGUCAUUUUGCGCACGACUGGGAAUCGAACCGGCAACCUUCUGAUUACUAUCCCUAUUCCCUAACCGCUCAGCCACCUGACUCCCUGACCGACACCUGACUCACUGAUUUGAAUGCGCAUUUGCAGAAAACUGACUUCAGCCUGAAUAGUAGUAAUCUUUUAUUGUAGGUAAUACUUUUGUUAUGGAUUUACACUACUCUUGCUACGCUUAACCGAGAUGCAGUCCAAGAUUUGUGCCUAAAAGAACAACUUGCUUAAUAUAUCUUAAUAUCUCGUUCAACUAAGCAAAUAUAUUGAUAGUGAUGUCUAUUCUGAAUAUAUGGCAGGUUACUGCCUAUAUUGAUACAGGAUGCAUUUUUCACUUUUCUAUAAAAUACUCAAUUAAUCUAAUGAUAUUCAGAUUUUACUUCAUAAUAAGUUUGAUAUUCACGUGUGUCUGAGUAAUGUGUGACAAAUAGAGAAUACUAAGCCUUUGUUUAUUGGUGCUUGGAAAUGAAAAGAAUAUGCUUGAGAUGCUUAUUUUUAGCUAGAUUAAUUUGUAGUUUGCUGUAUUUGCACUUACGUUAGCUGUAUAGAGGGUGUUUUGGAAUGGAACUUCACACAAGGAUACGCAUUAUAUACUUGCGGCUUCCAAAUGUUGUCCCAAUCAUAACCAGCGUGUUGUUUGUUUGUUAAUGUUUUUAUACUCAAUGUCUAAUGUUUAAAGGGGUCCAUUUUUAAACAUCUAAUAAGGUUUUCAGUCUGGUUCGUAAUCGGUGCUACUGUAUGUAUAGGAGUUCCACCAGCAUGCUGAUAGCAGUUUUUGUGGAGAACCUGAUAUGAAAUACACAUGCAAACCAGUUUGUGUAUGUUCUUCCCAGUUCUACUUGAUUAUGACCUGCUGUGGCAGCCAUGUUUUAUUUCUCUGUACGAACCAUUCAGGUACCCUCGCAGUGGGCUGAUGUACUGUCAUCUAGUACUGUUGGUUAUCAGUGUACCAAAACAUUACGUAACACUGACGUUACAGAAGUCUUAGUAGAACAACCACAAUAAAUCCAUUUGUCUAUGUGAUUUGAGGUGUGAUAUCACUUUGAUUAAAACAUUUUGGUGACCCCAAUAAGAGCUAAUGGUAUAUGAUGGCCCUUUUAGGAUACCUUGUCCUGUUGCAAUAAAACCAGUGAUUUCUGACUUGUU